AUGCCCGCGAUCCGACACUCAUCGAAGCGCAAGCCGCCGCCUGAUGGCUUUGAGGAUAUCGAGAAUGACUUGCUCAUCUUCGCCAACAAGAUGAAGGACGCUCAAAACAAGCCGCCGCCAUCAGGGCCUCGGCACCAAGCGCAAUGGGAGAUCUUCCAGAUUUCGCAUCAACGCAGUCGAUACGUCUACGAGCUGUACUAUGAGAAGGAGGCAAUCAGCAAGAAACUAUACGACUGGCUGCUAAAGAACGGGUACGCGGAUGCCAUGCUGAUCGCGAAGUGGAAGAAGCAAGGCUACGAAAAGCUUUGCUGCUUGCGCUGCAUCCAGACAAAGGAAACGAAUUUCAAUAGCACAUGCAUCUGCCGCGUGCCGAGAGCGGAGAUGAAGGGCGACGAAGACAUCGAGUGUGUCAGCUGCGGAUGCAGAGGCUGCGCGUCAAGCGAUUAG